AUGGUUGGUUUUGAAUUUAAAAAUGGUCGAUCAUAUCUUGUCUAUGAUGGUAUUGUAGUGUGUGCUGAGUUCAAGGAUGCACUGCUAGAGGAUUGGGCCGAUGCGUCUGUCCCAAUUGUUGUUUUGCUUCAAUAUGCAAAAGUGAAGGAAGAGGGAAAGUAUCCACUAUCAGUGACAAACACCUAUCAUGUAACUAUGCUAUGCCUCGAUGUUGAUUUUCCUCUGCUAACUCCUGUGCAAAAGUUGUGUUCUAAGGUUGUUGUUUUGCCUAUCACUGACAUUAUCAAACUUCAUGAUAUCACGUUUUGUGCUACUGUGGCUGAAACAAAAGUUUUGGUUGCGUCUCCUUUUGGUUGGUAUUACCAUUUCUGCCAUCUCUGCCCCUGCAUUGCACGUGGUGACAUUCCUCUCUUUGAGUGUGAGGCUGGUCAUUCGAUUGGGGCAGAGAUCUUUAGGUACAAAAUUGAGAUCAAGGUUGCUUAUGCAGGAAAGAGCUGUAACUUUGUAUUUUGGAACAGAGAAUGUGAACUGCUUUUGGGUGUAUCUGCUUCUCAAUUGCGUCAUACUAUGAUCAAAAUGUUGAAUUUAGAGAUGACCUUUAAGGUCAAGUGGAAACCACGUUGGAAGAAUUGUUCGGUUGUUAUGCUGCUAAAAAAUGACCCUUUCAUUAAAGAACCUAAAGGUCCAUGGAAAGCAAUUGAGGUUAAAGAAAGCAUUGAUGAAGCCAAAAUGGAUGCUCCCGAUGAAUAUGAUGUCGUAGCAGACAUGGAGAUCACAUUUGAGCAUAAACCGGGUCCAAUAAGACCUGCUGGAAAAAGACAACUCCUGGGUGGAUCAAGCGAAUCAACCAGCUUUGAAGGACUUUAUGACGGAGAACUAUCGUCGAACAAGCUUAAAAUGAUUAUUAAGUUGGAAAAGAAUGAAUGGGCAAUGUUAUAG